AACCCGCCCCAACCGAGGAGGUGCCGGGUGAAGCCUGGGACACGGCGAGUCUCCGUUUCUCCUGUGCUACUUUGGGGUGUGCUUCGGGGGGGGGGGGGGGGCGAGGACCAGCUAAGGAAGACCAGGACCCUGGGCCUUGCCGCGGUGCGUCCACCCCCACAUCUCCCGGCGCCAAGGCUGCUUGGGCCCAAGGGUGUUGUUUCCUUGUCCCGCCUCCUCCUGGUCCCUGGCCCAACAUGAUACUGACCAAAGCCCAGUACGACGAGAUAGCCCAGUGCCUAGUGUCUGUACCGCCCACCAGGCAGAGCCUGAGGAAGCUGAAGCAGAGGUUCCCCAGUCAAUCGCAGGCCACUCUGCUGAGCAUCUUCUCCCAGGAGUACCAGAAACAUAUUAAAAGAACACAUGCCAAACAUCAUACUUCGGAAGCAAUUGAAAAUUAUUACCAGAGGUACCUGAAUGGAGUGGUGAAAAAUGGAGCUGCCCCAGUGCUCCUUGAGCUGGCCAAUGAGGUGGACUAUGCACCCUCAUUAAUGGCUCGGAUUAUACUGGAGAGGUUUCUACAGGAACAUGAGGAAACUCCACCUUCCAAGUCUGUUAUAAAUAGUAUGCUACGGGACCCUUCUCAGAUUCCAGAUGGAGUUCUAGCAAAUCAGGUCUAUCAGUGCAUUGUGAACGACUGCUGUUAUGGACCACUGGUGGACUGCAUCAAACAUGCCAUUGGUCAUGAGCAUGAAGUACUGCUGAGAGACUUGCUUCUAGAGAAAAACCUGUCCUUCCUAGAUGAAGAUCAGCUUCGUGCAAAGGGUUAUGACAAAACACCAGACUUUAUUUUACAGGUUCCAGUUGCUGUAGAAGGGCACAUAAUUCACUGGAUUGAAAGCAAAGCCUCAUUUGGUGAUGAAUGUAGCCACCACGCCUACCUGCAUGACCAGUUCUGGAGCUACUGGAAUAGAUUUGGGCCGGGCUUGGUCAUCUAUUGGUAUGGAUUUAUCCAGGAGUUGGACUGCAACCGGGAGAGGGGCAUCCUGCUCAAAGCCUGUUUCCCCACAGACAUUGUCACCUUAUGCCAUAGCACAACUUGACCCUGAAGAUCCUGGAAGAGAAGCUUGAAGGAAGAGGUGAAUCCGGAAGCAAUUUUACUUUCCUGCAGCGUAAACUCCUGGCAACAUCUGCCCUGAACUUCAGCUGAACUCUCGCCGCCGUGGUCUCACCACUACCUCUCUAGACAAACAUAUCAGGAGUUUCUGUUUUCCUUCAUCCCUUGCUGAUGUGAACAGCCAAGAACUACAGACACAACCCACUCAUUAUCAGCAUUUCUGUCUCUGUCAAACAGUUAGUUUAUAGAUAGUCAUAAUCUUUCUUCCUUCCGGAUGGUUUCUCCUUGUGUACUGAACAAAAGAAAAAAUGUGGAGACUGAAAGGUGUGAUUUUUCAAUUCUCCUUCCAGUUACCAAAUCAUCUCCUUUCCCCCCCCCCCCCAAGCUUCCAUUUAUCCCACACCCCCUUCUCUUCAUGUGUACUCACAGGUACCCAUCCUUGCAUUACUGUCCUGGAAUAACCUAGCCAAACCUACAAAAGCUGAAGACAAAAAAGUCUGAAUCCAAGUUUGGCUGUCACCUGCAGGGCUGCAGCUGACCUAGAUGGUAGCCUAUGUCACAUGCUUAUUCUGCUCAGGCUUUACAAUUUCCUGGCUUCUGUGGCUUUAAGCCAAGCUGCAAAAAUAUACUUGAUGAGAAUUUCCUCUUUGAUAAUGCUUAUUUGAACUCCAAACAUUUUACAUUUAUCUCAUUUAAAAGCAUUGGUUACAUUGUGUCUGAGAGCCACACAUCUUUGGCUUAGAGGCUUAGGGGAGAGGACUGAAAUUCUGGGCCAGCAUUGUCCAGAGUUUAUUUUUAAUCAUGGCUAGCUGUCAGUGCUAAUUUAGCCAGAAUUUUUAUGAGCAACAAUUUUUUAAAACACAUUCCUUACACUGCUUUGUGUCUGCCUUUUAUACCACAUAAUUUUAUGACACUCAAAUAAUUUAUACAUUAGAGAUGUUCAGCUUUAAAGGACCGAAGUAUACCAGAAAUAAACUUGGAGCAAUUUUUAAAUUAGCAAAAUAAAGGAUAUUUUGUAUUUGCUCACUUUAAUUUAUUCGCCUUUGUAUACUACAGACCAGACCAGACACCAGACUUCAGUCUAAAACAAAAUGAAUUAAUUAAAAACCUAUCUUUUAGUAAAUUAAAAAUAUAUCAAAAAAUGUGUUUAGCAAAAUAUUUACCCCCAUGCUUAUAAAAUAUAGCUUUUAUAAUUCAAAUAGGUGAUUUUGGAAAUAUUAAUCAAAAUGUAACUCUUGCAAACAUCUUUAUGUUGUACAUAUUACUUGGUUCUUCAGAAGACUAAGUUUGGCACUGCUCCUUAGUUCACUUUGUACCUAAGAAGGUUUGCAAAACUCUGCUCAUUGCUUUUCCUUUAAAAGUACACAAACACCUGGAAUCCAAACCAGACUUUGUAGUGAGACGGCCACAUGAAAUAUGAAAUCGCAAGAGAGGAGGAAGACAGUGAUAAAGAGGUGUCAAACAAACUUGUAUUUCAGUGUAAAAUUUAUCAUGCAGAUUUUGUGAAUAAAUAGGAUGAUUUGAGAACACUACCAUAUUGCCUUGAUAUGCGCGUGUGCCGACACACAUGCGCACAAACAUUUUGAACAAAAAUGUUUAAACAUGUUAAAGGCAGGCUCAUGGCAUGCUUUACACUGCUAUUUCUCUUGAGGAAUAAAUUACAUUUAUCUGCACAGAUGUUGAAAAUCCUGUUAAACCCUUGUCAAGGAUUUGUUUGUUUUACAUUAAACAAAUUUAUGAUGAAUGUGCCCAAAUAAAUUAAAAAAUUAAAAAGGC